AUGGUUCGUGAAUACUGGUUUCUGGCUCUGGCAAUGUCCGCUACAUCACGGACGAAAGCUCAGCACGGAGUCAUCGGGGUUUGUAGGACGAUGAAGCGAGGUCUACUUUACACACUUUUGACAGACAAAAGUUCGAGGCAACCCUCCUUCGGUAUCUGGUACUCACAAUCUCCUGAAACACUGGCUGCCAUUGACUUCAAUUCUGUAAAGUCGACUCUCAGGGCCGACAACAUACAGAAAAAGCUUAGAAUUCUACAGGCUUUGCGAUGGGUAGGUUGCUAA